AUGUCAAACGAAACAUACAACGAAAUGUGGAAAGAGGCUCAAUCAGCUCUCGACGAAGUUUUACAAUUGGAUACAAAUGUACAAAGUGCAAAACCACCAAAAGAUCGAAAAAGGGCUCAUAAUGUUGUAUCCGAGUUAUACGUUAGGUAUAUCGUUGUUUUUAAUAAAUUAGAAAUUUGUUACGAUCAAUUAGUACAACCCCAAAAACGAAUAUUAGUAAAAAAAUUAUUGGACUCGACAAUGGGGAGAAUUUUGGAAUUGAAACAUGAAUUAGUAGAAAUUGAUCUUUCGGAACACAGUUACUGUGAUGAUAUUUUAUUGAAAUAUCAAAUUUCCCCUCAAGAGGCGGAAAUUCGAAUUCCAAAUUAUUUUCGAAGAGAACGCGAAAAUGUAAUUCAGGAAAGGCGAAAAUUUAUUGAAGAUACUUUGAGAGAUAUUGGGGCUCUGGAUGAAGUUGUUGCUGCCAAGAAAAUGACUGAGGCCGAAGCUAUACGAUUAAUUCAAUCACACGAACGAGCAAGACAAGGGAGACUACGAUUUCAAUUUAUGAAAGAAAUUCGAGAAAUGAAGGAAAGAUCCACCAUAAAACAAGAAGCUACAAAAUCUGAAGAAAAAAGUGACGUGGCGGCAGCUUUGAGAAUUCAAAAACUUUGGAGGGGUUACACAACUAGGAGAAAAAUUAGAAAGUUUCGAAUUGAAGAAAUGUUGCUCAUAGGAAUGGUCCAACCGAGUCAAGUAGUAACGGAGAAUGCAAGACAAGCCGAAAAAAUUGUACAAUACAGAUAUGAGAAACAAAAUGAAUAUCAGGAACUCUAUGAAAAGCUUGUAAAGGAAUCGAAAGAAAUAAUAAAGAAAGAAAAGAGUGCUUUGAUGGAAGAAAAUAUUAGAAAAGAAAUCCGUAACUGGGUGAAUUCUUAUUUUCAGCAAACUGGAAAAAUUCCUGAACUUCCAGCAGCUGAAAGUGGUGGUUCUAGAAUGAUCUUUAGUAGACAGGGGACAGAAAGCACAAUUAGUAAAUCGACCGCAGGUUCCUCAAAGGAUUCAAAAAGGUCGAAAAAAUCAAAAAGCAAAAAGGAAAGUGAACCAGAUCGUUCAGAAGAUGAAUCGGAAUCGUGCUUAAAACAUUUUCCAUCUAAUUUUUUACCUGAACUUGUACAUGCUAAUGAGGUUUAUUUAGAAAAUUGGAAAGAUAAGGACGAGUCGAUGAAUAAAGGACAACGACCUUAUGUUGAUAUGAUUGAAGCUGAAAAAACGAGGGAAAUCGAAGAUGAAAUCAGGGUUGUGGUUGAUCAUACUCUUAGGGGUGAUAUAGAGGCCCUACAAGCAGCCCUCGACAGAGACAGAGGUUUUAAAGGCAGAAGAUCAAAAAAGACACAAAAAAGAAUUCGUCGAAGUGGAAAGAAGAAUAAAAGAAAGAAGGAAAAGGAUCUCACACCUGACAGAUCUUUAGAGUCCCUUUUUGAGGAACUUCUUGUCAAUGGUAUUAUCAAGCUUCAUCCGGAAAUAAAACUUACUAACUUCAAGGGAGAAAGAUCGUUUGCUAAUUUUGAACUCAGGGAAAAAGACAAAGACCCGUUUCCAGCGUUAGGGGACAUAAGACAACUUAUAACGGAAUAUUGCAUUCUACCGUUGGGAAAUGAAACUGUUAGAGAGCAUACUCCACUCGUAAGGUCAGUUUUGAUAGUAGGACCCCAUGGAAGUGGAAAAAGGAUGAUAGUAAAUGCAAUUUGUACCGAAGUGGGGGCUACUUUGUUCGACAUAACACCAGCUAAUAUUGUUGGUAAAUAUCCAGGAAAAUCUGGUCUGAUUAUGUUAUUGCAUUUGAUAUCCAAGGUUUCAAAACUUUUGCAACCGUCUGUUAUUUUUAUGGACGGAGCAGAGAAACCAUUUGUGAAAAAAGUUCCUAAAACUGAUAAGACCGAUCCAAAACGACUGAAAAAAGAUUUGCCUAAAUUAAUAAAAAAUAUUACGAAUGAAGAUCGAGUCAUUCUUAUUGGAACUUCCAGGUUUCCAUGGGAAGGAGAUCAAAAACUUUUGUAUCAAACCUAUGAUAAAGUUGUUUUUAUUCCGAGACCAGAUUAUGGUUCCAUGUCUCUAGUUUGGAAGGAAUUACUUUAUAGAUAUUCUGGAAUCAGCAGACAAUUUGAUACCUCUGGAAUGGCAAAAGUUUGUGAUGGUUUUACAAUCGGAACUGUUCUUUCAGCAAUUAACGAAGUCAUGACUACAAAACGAAUGGUACAAUUAAGAGUUCAUCCUUUGACACAUGGGGAAUUAGUAAAUGCACUCAGUUCGAGAAAUCCUGUAUACCGAGAAGAAGAAGAAGCUUUUCUAACUUGGUUCUCAAAAACGCCAACCUGUAAAAAAAGGCAACGAAUCAUCGAGAUUGAACUUCAAAAGAUGGAUGAAGCAAAUGAAAAGAAGAAAAAAGGGAAAAAGAAAUAGAGAAGAAAAAGAUAAUCGAGCGUAG